AUGGAUACUUGGCGGAGAGGAUCCAUUAAAUCCACAACGUUCUUCAAGCGUCUUUCGUUCAGGAGGCAUAAAAAGCUGGGUAAUCAAGUCAUUAUUUUGAAUCAGAACAGCCAGACACUUGAGAACAAUGGACAGUACAAGAGGGAACCACUAAGAGACCUGAAGGAUAAAUCAGAGUACCUGUUAUGUAAGAGUGAGCAAAAUCUAGCUCAGGCACAGGCACCUCCUAAGCCACCCCGGCUGUAUCUGGACAGUUCCAGCUGCCCCAACAUAAUUGACCACACAGAGUCUCACUCUACAGCCAUCUCCUUUUCCAGUGUCACCCCUCAGUACCAUAAGGGGACACAAACACACGGGACUAACUCCCACACGGUCCAGGCUACAGACUGUGGGACCUCUGAAACAGGCUCUGAUCCCUUCCUUUCCUUCAAAGUGGACUUGGGGCUAUCACUCCUUGAGGAUGUUCUGCAGACUCUCAGGAAACAGAAUCCAAGAGAUUACGCAGCUUGA